AUGUCUGAAGAAAAUACAACAACCAAGGCUCUUUGGAAGUUAAAGCGUUAUGGUCGUUUUUUACCAAACGCCAAACAAGUCGGAGGAAACUCUUCAUGGAAGGUGUUCGAGUCCAGUGAAAGCAAAGGCACGUUGCAGCUGAUGAUACUGGAAUCUGGUCAUCUGCUCGUCUCCCAGGCUCAGGAACUAUUGGAAGGCUUCUCUCUUCUCAACGCUCAGAGCUUUCUGAAGAUCCAGCAGAAAUCAGACAGCCUGCUUUUCUACUUCACACUGAAGGAAGAGAGUCGUAUGAUACGACUACAGUUUGAGGGCAGCACCAGGUCUGAAGCUGUAGAUUUAUGCAGGAAAGCAGUCGACAGGUUGAAUGAAUAUCUACCUGUAGGCACCCAGGAGCAGCCUGGCCCUUCAUCUGCAACUCACACCACUGGAAUCGCUAACCAGCAACAGCAGACUCCUGUGGCGGCACCGCAGGUGAUCCAUGACGUCGUCCAGGAAUCUCUGUCCAUCAAGCAGCUUUCUCAGUAUUUCCUGGGUGAGACUGGACUGUCCCUGCCUUUGGCAUAUCGUCAUGCCACUCUGCCUCCUGGUGAUAUGGAGGGUCUGUUGCGCCUCUGUUUGCUCGACUCUGGCUUCCCUGCUUUCGUAGAAGACGUGGAGAACAAGCUCAAAGGCUUGAUCCAGGAAUGAGUUGUUGCUAGAAAACCCU